GAAACUGAGAACAAGGGAUUCCUGUGGGGGUAUGAUUUUAGAUGAUUGUAAGGAGAAAGUUAAUUUAAGCUCACAUUCAAUCGAACGAGAUGACAAGAAUUUGAAUGGUGCUUCAGUAAGUUGUAUAUAUAGUAAUAGUUAUUUGGAUUCGAGUUCUGAAGUUACAGCUCAGCAGAUUCCAAAAGGCUUUGGAGUGUUGGAUGAUAGCAAGGGGAAGAGUUAUUUGGAUAAGAUUUCAUUAGAGUCAGUUGAAGAAGCUGAAAAUGGGUUUGGGAAUGUUGAAAAAUCUAGUGACACUUCUUAUCUUGAUUCAAGUUUAAACCAAGCAUGUGAAAAAGCUUCGGGUGUUUUUAAGGGUUCAGAAUGUUCAAAAGAGAAGGGUGCACAUGAAGAAAAAGGUGUUCAAGUUGUGAACAAAUACCCUAGUAAGCUUCAUGAGAAACUUGCUUUUUUGGAAGGUAAAGUUAAGAGAAUUGCAUCUGACAUCAAGCAGACGAAGGAAAUAUUGGAUAUGAACAAUACAGAUGAGUCGAAGCUGAUACUUUCUGACAUUCAGGUUAAGAUUUCUGGAAUGGAGAAGGCCAUGAUUCAUAUACAAGAUAAUGAUUGUACCCUGGACUCAUCCAAAACAGUUGAAAGCAAUACUUCUGUUUGCAAAAAUUUGGAGAAGGCUGAAACUAAGCAAGUUGAUCAGCCCAAAAGCUUGGCUAAAGGUUUGAAUCAUGAAGAGUUAGAAGCCAGGCUGUUUCCUCAUCACAAAUUACUCAAGAGUCGAACAUUGUUACACACAUCAUCAGGAAGCAGUCAAAACCAUCUACCAAGUUUACCAGAAUCCAGAGUUAAAUUAAUGCCAGGCAAGGGGUCAGUGAGCCCCGUUGAUGAGAAUCCUAUUGCAUUGGAAUUCUUGGCUUCCCUGAACACAAGUCAUUUGAAGGUCAGCACAUGGGAUGAGCGUGUUAAUUUGGAGUUCUGUGAAAUUCAUGAAAUGGAUGGAACUGCAAAUUCAGAAGCACAGAAUAUUUCAAAGUUUGUUAAUGGAAAGAAUGAAGUGGAGAUCAAAUUCACUUCUGACGAAAAGCUUGAGGAUUUUGAUGACCAGGAGAACAGAUCACCAGUUAUAAUUCCUGAAGAGAUUGAGGAUUCCUGCAUGGAUCAGUUACAUGAAAUAGGAUGCAAGGCCUCAACAGGUGGAUGGUUUGUGUCUGAGGGUGAAUCAGUUCUUCUUGCUCAUGAUGAUGGUUCAUGUUCAUUUUAUGAUAUUACCAACUCUGAGGAGAAGGCUGAAUAUAAGCCUCCUGUUGGAGUGCCACCCAACAUAUGGGGAGAUUGUUGGUUGGUCCGUGCUCCUGGGGCAGAUGGGUGCUCGGGAAGAUAUGUUGUAGCAGCAUCCGCAGGGAAUGCUUUAGAAUCAGGUUUUUGCUCGUGGGAUUUUUACACCAAAGAUGUGCAAGCUUUUCACAUUGAUGAGAGAAGAACCAUAUUUUCUUCAAGAACAGUUCUGGGUUCCCUACCCAACAAUGUUGCAUAUAGAAAAAAGGGUUCAUCCAAAGUCUUGGCCACUGAAAACCAACAAUGGUGGUAUAAUCCAUGUGGUCCACUUAUUGUGUCAACUGGCAGCAGUCAGAAGGCUGUUAGAAUCUAUGAUAUCCGUGACGGUGAGCUGAUGAUGAAAUGGGAUUUACAGAGGCCGGUGUUAAUGAUGGAUUACUCAAGUCCUUUGCAGUGGAGAAAUCGAGGGAAGGUGGUUAUAGCUGAAACAGAGAAUAUUAGUCUCUGGGAUGUGAACUCCCUUAAUCCUCAGGCAUUACUAUCCGUUACCUCCUCUGGUCAGAAAAUCUCUGCUCUUGAAGUGAAUAACACAGAUGCUGAAUUAGGUGGUGGAGUUCUCCAAAGAGUAAGUUCAUCUGAAGCAGAAGGAAAUGAUGGUGUUUUCUGUACCACUGAAGGCAUAAAUGUCCUUGAUUUCCGUCUUCCAUCUGGUGUGGGCCUCAAGAUAUCCAAAUUUGGUGUGAGUGUCCAGUCUGUCUUCUCUCGUCGCGAUUCCAUUUUCCUUGGAUGCACUAAUACAAAAUCUACAGCAAAAGAGUCGACCCGUUCACAAGUGCAACAGUUCUCAUUGCGCAAAGGAAGGCUUAUCAGCAGUUAUACUCUUCCAGAUCUCAAUGCUCACUUCCAUUGCUCUGCCAUAACACAGGUCUGGGGGAAUUCAAGUUUUGUGAUGGGUGUGUGUUCACUCGGACUGUUCGUAUUUGAUGCCUUAAAGGAUGAUGGGAGGCAGUCUUUCAGCAUUGGUUAUCAGAACACACAAAAAGUCAGAGACAUCAUCGGUCCAGAUGACUUGUACUCUCCUUCUUUUGAUUACUUAUCUUCUCGGGUUCUUGUUAUAUCAAAAGAUCGCCCUGCACUUUGGAGGCAUUUGUUAUAAUUGCAAUAUCCAUUACCUUCUAUAACAA